AUGCCCCCACUCGUAACCCCCCCGGGUACCUUCUUCUCCUCCCCCCCUCGUGAUCCCCCCUCUCGAUCUACCAACACCGAUGCAAAUCACAUCAAGCAGGCCAGACAGGCCACAACCCCGUCGCUGCCUUCACGUUCAGCUUCCGCACGCGGAAUCAAUGCUCCCCAGCAUAGCGACCCUCCCCCUGUUCCACCGCAGCACAUCAAAACCACCAAACUCACCGAUGCUAGUGUAAUCACAAUUGUGACCGACGGCCAUGUCUUUGACAUUCCCGCGGAUCUGGUAGAGAGAUACCGCUGGGUCCGUGAACAGACCAUCACGUCUUACCGCGCUGUUACUUCUGGUAGCGUGACGCCGAGGGAUCUGGCGUUUAUUUUUGGCGACCCAUCUAUACCGCAUCUUGGGGCACCUCCUGGUGUACGGGAUGGUGGAGUGGAGGCUGUGGGGUCGAGCCAGAACAAAGGGGUCAAACAAACACAGACUGUACACCACCACAAUAGGGGUGAUAUUGCAGAGGACCGCGGCGGCAGUUUGGCGGGUAGGAUGCGUGUUGCAGACAAAACAUCUAGGGCACCUCCGGCUCCGGCAAAAAGGGGCAGAGAGGUAGUUGAGAUCUCAGACAGAGAAGACGAAGAGGAGGAUCCCAUCCGGCGUUCCAGCCGCCGCAUCAAACACCUCCCCACCGCCCACUCCGCACUUCCCAACCCCCCGCGCGUGCGUCACCAACCCAGCACCAGCAUAAAUCCCCCGCAACCGCAACCCGCCCCCCACCCCCCCGGUUUUGUCCGCUUUGACCGGCGCCAAUACCCCAUGCCGAACCUCGUGGGGCACUUCACCGACUACGCGGAUGCGGAGGCAACCACCGGGAUGGCGCGCGUUUGGAUCAUGGGCAAGUAUAUUGACGGGGCACUUUCGCUGGGUGGGAAGUAUGCGGAGGCGGUGGCGAUGGGUAGUAAGUGUACGAAGUGUGUGAAGGGGGGGGCUAAUACGGUGUGUAUGGUGAUGGUGAGUGGGGACGAUGAGUGGGCGGAGAGUAGGAAGUGUGGGGCGUGUGUGAGGACGGGGGGUGCGUGUAGCUUGGUGGCUAGGAUGAGGGCGCCGUGA